UCUUAGACUGGAGGGGUUGAAGGUCGAUGCAGAAGGAAACGGUGCUCUGCACGUACAUCACGGGUUUCUAAGCUUUCGGUAUACGGGAUCAAGCUGGCAAGAAAGACUGGUCGUCCUGAGUGAAAUCCGGAAACAUGUCGGCUGUGGAUUUGGAAAAACUACGGAUGUCAGGAGCAGGGAAGGCUAUAGCUGUACUUACUAGCGGGGAGAUGGCACAAGGAAUGAAUGCAGCUGUUCGUGCUGUUACUCGUAUGGGAAUUUACGUUGGGGCUAAAGUUUUCCUGAUAUAUGAGGGUUAUGAAGGACUUGUUGCUGGAGGAGACUGUAUUAAGCAAGCAGAUUGGCUUAGUGUAUCGAAUAUAAUCCAGCUGGGCGGCACUAUCAUUGGCAGUGCACGGUGCAAAGCUUUUACAACUAGAGAAGGACGGUUGUCUGCAGCUAAUAAUCUUGUUCAACAUGGAAUCACAAAUCUGUGUGUCAUAGGUGGUGAUGGCAGUCUAACUGGUGCCAACAUCUUCCGCAAAGAAUGGGGAAGUUUGCUUGAAGAUUUGGUUAAAGAAGAAAAAAUCACAGCAGAUACUGCUAAGAAGUAUUCACAUUUAAAUAUUGUUGGACUUGUGGGCUCCAUUGACAAUGACUUCUGUGGAACAGAUAUGACAAUUGGAACAGAUUCUGCUCUCCAUAGAAUUAUGGAAGUUAUAGAUGCAAUAACUACUACUGCCCAGAGCCACCAAAGGACUUUUGUGCUGGAGGUGAUGGGAAGGCAUUGUGGGUAUUUGGCUUUGGUGUCUGCCUUGGCAUCUGGAGCGGAUUGGCUAUUUAUUCCAGAGAGUCCUCCUGAUGAGGGCUGGGAAGACUUCAUGUGUGAGAGGCUUGGAGAGACAAGAAGUAGAGGUUCCAGACUGAACAUCAUCAUUAUUGCAGAAGGUGCUAUUGAUCGAAAUGGGCAGUUGAUUUCCUCUAACUAUGUUAAAGAUCUAGUGGUUCAGCGUUUAGGAUAUGAUACCCGUGUGACCGUUCUUGGUCAUGUGCAGCGAGGAGGCACGCCAUCUGCUUUUGACCGUGUAUUGAGUAGUAAAAUGGGCAUGGAAGCCGUAAUAGCAUUGCUUGAGGCUACACCUGCUACUCCAGCUUGUGUAGUGAGUCUGUCUGGCAACCAGUCAGUCAGACUGCCCCUGAUGGAAUGCGUUCAAGUGACAAAAGAUGUGCAAAAGGCAAUGGAUGAGAAAAGAUUUGAGGAGUCCAUUCAGUUAAGAGGAAGGAGUUUUGAAAAUAAUUGGAAAAUUUAUAAGCUCCUUUCUCACAAGAAGCCACCAGGAUUUAAGAGCAAUUUCAGUUUGGGCAUAUUAAAUGUCGGCGCACCAGCUGCUGGAAUGAAUGCGGCCGUGAGAUCUGCUGUAAGAAUUGGCAUCUCUGAGGGCCACACAGUGUAUGUUGUGAAUGAUGGAUUUGAAGGCUUGGCAAAUGGACAGAUAAAAGAAGUAGAAUGGCAUGAUGUUGCAGGCUGGCUCGGACGUGGUGGCUCCAUGUUAGGAACAAAACGAACACUCCCAAAGACCUGCAUGGCUAAGAUUGUCGAUAACAUUCGGAAAUAUAACAUACAUGCUCUUCUAGUUAUUGGUGGAUUUGAGGCUUAUGAAGGGGUAUUGCAGUUGGUUGAGGCACGGGGACAGUAUGAGGAACUUUGCAUUGUUAUGUGUGUGAUUCCUGCUACCAUCAGUAACAAUGUUCCUGGGACUGACUUCAGCAUCGGCUCAGACACUGCUGUCAACGCUGCCAUGGAGAGUUGUGACCGCAUCAAGCAAUCGGCUUCUGGAACAAAGCGCAGAGUGUUCAUUGUGGAGACAAUGGGAGGCUACUGUGGCUAUCUGGCUACUGUGACAGGAAUCGCUGUCGGUGCAGAUGCUGCUUAUAUAUUUGAGGAUCCAUUCAACAUUCAGGAUUUAAAAUCAAACGUGGAGCACUUGAGAGACAAAAUGAUGACCGAUAUACAAAGAGGACUUGUGCUCAGGAAUGAAAAAUCUCAUAACCACUAUACCACAGAAUUUCUGUACAAUCUUUACUCUGCUGAGGGAAAAGGCAUUUUUGACUGCAGGACGAAUGUUCUUGGACACUUGCAGCAGGGUGGUGCUCCAACUCCAUUUGAUCGCAAUUAUAGUACAAAGCUAGGAGUUAAGUCUGUGCUGUGGAUUUCUGAAAAACUACGAGAGGCCUAUCGUCGAGGUCGUGUGUUUGCCAAUUCUUCAGAUUCUGCCUGUGUUAUAGGUCUCAAAAAGAAAGUGGUUGCCUUUAGUCCAGUUGAAGAACUGAAAAAAGUAACUGAUUUUGAACACCGAAUGCCCAAGGAGCAAUGGUGGCUGAACUUUCAGCUGAUGUUGAAGAUGCUGGCUAACUAUCAAAUCAACUUUACCGAAUAUGUUUCAGGAAAGAUAGAACACGUUACCCGUAGAACCCUUAGUAUAGAAAAGGGAUUCUAAACCUAAUAUCAUGAAAAGAGUUUUUAUAAACUGUUAAAGUGUUUUAGGUAAGCGAUCUAUGUGAAAGGCCUUUUUAGCCAUAAAACAGCUGUACCGAAAACUACAAUGAUCUCUCUUUGUAUAGAAUAAACUAUAUUUUAUACAUGCUUAAAGGAACACAGUGUUCUAUUAAAAAAAAAAAAAAAAUUAAUCCGUUUGAAAGGGCAACAUUCCAAAAAUGGGCCGGCUCCUAAGCUUUACAUUCCUGCUUUUCAAAUAAAGAUAGCAAGAGAAUGAAGAAAAAAGGAACACUGUGUACUAUUAAAAAAAAAAUUCAUCCGUUUGAAAGGGCAACAUUCCAAAAAUGGGCUGGCUCCUAAGCUUUACAUUCCUGCUUUUCAAAUAAAGAUAGCAAGAGAAUGAAGAAAAUGUGAUAAUAGGAGUAAAUUAGAAAGUUGCUUAAAAUGGCUUGCUUAAUCAUGAAAGAUAAACAUUUGAGUUUAGUAUCCCUUUAAUGAAGAAACAAAAAACACUGUUUUAGAUGCUUCUCUUUCAUAUGGAUCAAAGAAAAUGUUGUAUCACUUUAAAUGGCGUUAACAUUUCAUAUCAACAUUUAGUUUUUUUUGUACAUUCUGCCAAUACUGAGAAAAAAAUAAUAGGUGUAUUUAUAAAUGAAUAUAGUUGAUAAAAUGUUAAUCACAGGAUUAUAAAUUCACACACAUAAAAUUGGUGCUGCGUCAUUAAAUAGCAGUCACAUAACAUCUGUAACAAUAUUUUCAUUUACUGUACUGGGGAUAUUUAGUGUUUUUCCUGUACAAUUGUAGUGUUUUGUUUGUUUCAUACUUCAGCUAAUAAGAUUAGGAAAGAGUCUGUCUCUUAUAGCCCCAUCAAUACAAAAUAUGAGCAGUAAUCUGAUUUUCCCUUUUUAAAUCCUGACCACAUCAUUAUUGUAGAGUCAUUUUCCAUAUAUUUCUAUUAAACUUUAUUGGUAAGAAGCAGAUAACGCAAUCUUUAGUAAUGUAAAAACUGAUCAUCUAUCUUGUAUUUGCCUUUUGCUAAAGUAUUAAAACACCAUUGCUUAUUCAUGUUAAUUGUUCUCUUUGUAUAUUGGAAGAUCGUUGUUUUGUUUGUUUUAUUUUUUUUCUCGCCAUAACUGACAGUGUUAUUUUAGUAUUAAAGCAUGUUUCCUACAAAAUAGAGGUAUUGUUAUCCCAGCGAAUUAAUCAUUAGAAAAAUAACUUGAUAUUGAUUAAUCUGCAAAUGAAUGAAAUGAAGGAUGUAGCAUCUGCAUCCUAUCCUGUUAGCCAAAAAGUUUUACUAUGUCUGUGAAGUUUAAUGCUCAUAUUUGCAGUAUUUAUAUUAGAUGUUGGAAUGUUGUAUACCAUUUUAUAGAGAAUACUAGGGAAAUGGUUUCGGUCACUGAUGCAAUGAGAAUAUACUGUAAAGUUUCCGGUAUUAAGAAUAAAAUAUGUUCUACUGCAAACUAACAUGUAUAGAUGUAUGAUGCUAUUUGAUUUACUAGCUACAAUCAGAUUUAAUACACAACACGCUCAUAAAAACUGCAGUUUGGGAUAAAUCAACUUUUGUAUAUUUUAUACGACAGCGUCUUCUAUAGUAUUGAAUGUCAUCUGGCUGUGCAUCAUUAUCUAUAAAUAAUCCCUUCUGUCAGACUACCAGUGUACUGUAUAGAAUAGUUACAAACGAAUUUGCAGAGAAUGAAGAUCAUUUUCCCGACAAUGACUUGAGGAACAUGUACUGGAAAACAUUUUACCCUCUUUUUUUAACCUUUAUAUGCUAUUGUUUUCAUAUAAAUAAACAGAUUUUUGUAA